AUAGGUUCAAUUUCUCACCCCAAUUUACCUUCAAUUUCCUAUGAAAUAUUCAUAAGUAUCAUAACUAUUUAAACUACAACAUUCAUCAUAUUUUGAUAAAUGAUAUGUGUUCGUGAGGAGAGAAAUUAUAUCAAGACAUUACCAAUUUUCAAAAGGAAACAUACACAAAGCAAUUUUGAAUAAGUGCUUUUCAAGAUUCACUAGAACAAUGACAAGACUCAAUGGAAACUCCAUGAUUAUGUGGUUUUUGUUUGCAAUUAUGUUUGGUUUGGGAAUUCUUCAUGCAUCUGCAGAAUUGCAAAGGUUUACACAUACACCAAAAAAUGAUGGUUCUCUUAAUUUCUUGGUUGUUGGUGACUGGGGAAGAAAGGGAGAAUACAAUCAAUCUGAUGUUGCUUUUCAGAUGGGGCACAUUGGAGAGAAGCUUAACAUUGAUUUUGUAAUUUCGACCGGUGACAAUUUCUAUGAUGAUGGCUUAACUAGUGACCGCGAUCCUAAUUUUGAGGAAUCAUUCACCAAAAUUUACACCGCUAAAAGCUUGCAAAAGCCGUGGUAUGCCGUGUUGGGAAACCAUGAUUAUAGGGGAGAUUCAGAUGCACAAUUGAGUCCAUUUCUUAGACAAAUGGAUAGCAGGUGGCUUUGUUUAAGGUCUUAUAUUGUAGAUUCAGAGCUGGUUGAGAUUUUCUUUAUUGACACAACUCCAUUUAUUCAAGACUACUUUAUUUCACCUGAACACACUUAUGAUUGGAGAGCAGUUAAUAAUCCCCCAAAAGCUUACAUUACCAAUUUACUAAAGGAUGUUGCUAUGGCAUUGAGGUUUUCAAAAGCAAAAUGGAAAAUCGCUGUCGGUCACCAUGCAAUUAGAAGUAUCGGCCACCACGGCGAUACUCGAGAACUCGUAAGCCUGCUUCUACCGGUUCUCCAAGCAAACAACGUUGAUUUUUACGUGAACGGACAUGAUCACUGUCUCGAACAUAUCAGUGACACAGCCAGUCCAAUGCAAUUUCUGGUAAGUGGAGCAGGAUCAAAGGCAUGGAGAGGAGAUGUUCAAAAAACAAACAGAAAAGAUGUGAAUUUCUUCUAUGAUGGACAAGGUUUCAUGUCUGUUCAAUUGACACAAAGAGAUGCAAACAUUGUUUUCUAUGAUGUUAAUGGCGAGGUUUUGCAUAAAGCUAUGUAUUCAAAGGAGUUACAUUCUGUUGGAACAAAAGAGAAUCUACAUUCUAUAAUAUAAAGCUAAGGACAUGAAAAUAUGAGACUAACAAAGUUUUGAGGACUUUGGAUUUGGUUUUCAAAUUCAAGUCAAUAAUUUCUCUAUGCAUUAAUUGAACUUGUGUAUAUACAUUAUAUAGCAGUAUGGCUUAGGUUUUUUUUUUUUUAAU